GAACCACGCGGCCCCCGAUGCCAGCCUGCCCACACACGGAGACACAGAGCUCAGCCCGUGACUGCCGUACAGGCCACGGCCACAGACACGGGGUCUAGAGCCGGUCUGCUGUUUCCUAGCUGUGUGACCCUUCUGAGGGCUCAGUUUCCUCAUCUGCAAAGUGGGAGAGUCACGGCCACAAUCCCGUUAUCUCCAAACCACCGGGGCCAGCUGUGUUGCAGAGUCUCCCACUUUUUCUGGAGUCUUGCAAGGUUUUCAAGACCCCGGCCGCCCCGUCUAGCCACACGCUGCUAAUAUUUCCGCGGGAAAACGACGAAUCCGCCAACGAGGUGGGACGCGUAAGAACCAUCACCUUGCACCGGGUCGGGUUCCUCCACCACACGAGUUCGGAAAACACGCCUCAGUCUUCAGAGAACUCUACAUCUCACAGUUGCAGGGACGAGGCCUCAGACCUUGGGUGUCACCCACCUAGGAGCGUGGAAAAGGGAUGUGACAGCACCCGAGGCAGCCACCGUUGACGCAUUUGCUGCGUGCUCCGUCCACGCUGGGCGCCGCGUGACUUGCUCCUCACGACAGCUCUGUGCCACAAGAACUAUUUUAAUACCCAUUUCACAGCUGGGGGAUCGAGGCCCAGGACAGAGGAGGAACCCGCUCCCCGUGGUCGGCUGGACCGGGGUCCUGGUGUUCAUAGCCACACCCGUUGUUCCCGCUUCACAGCUAGGACAGGGGGCGGGGGGCGGAGGGGUGGCGCUCAGGCCUCUGCCCUCGAUUCUACCCCCCGGCUCGACUUCAUUGCACAUCUAUUAGAGAAGACAGCAACAAGGAAGGGGAAAGUGCAAGCCGCUUCUCAGCAAGCCCUGGUCGUCCCAGGAGAAUUGCCUCAGUCGUUGGCAUUUCUGUGCCUGUAGAACCCGGACCCAGUUUUUCCGAUCGCUCAGAGUUGGCCAGCAGAGGCUCGGGCUUCCCCUUGGUCAGCAGAACCCACUGGAGACCCUGCACUUCGUGCUGUCCUCCUGUAGCCCCCAGGCCGGACCAGAGGCCCCGCAGAGCCGGACGCCCUGCCCUCCUGAGUAUGGAGAAGAGCAGAGACACCGCUUGGGCCUUCACCACAGUGGAGGCCCCUCACAUCUGCCAAGGAUCAGGGCACCGGCAGUCACCUUGCUUUCCAUGUGCCCAACCAGAAGGCUGUCUGACUGGUGAGGACACCUCUCAUUCCCCCAUGGGCAGAACGAGCACGGCUUUGGUGGCCCAGGAGCUGGUGGAUGACCAGGCGGGGAAAGGCUUCGAGGCUGGCAUUGGUUUGCAGAGGGACCAGGAUGACAUUCUUCCGUGUGAAGGUGUGCAGCAAGGAGAGGAGGGUCUGUCAGCUGAAGAGAUAACAUUUUUGGAAGAGUUCCCCAUCGUGAAGGAGGAGCUAGAAGCAGGCAUCAGAAAGCUCCACGCCCUUGCGGACCACAUCGACACAACCCACAGAACACUCACCAAAACCAACAUGGCAGCCAACUCCAUGGCGGUGGUCUCAGGAGCCAUGAGCAUCCUGGCUCUAGUCCUUGCUCCAGCAACAGCAGGAGGAAGUCUGAUGUUCUCCGCUGCUGGUAAAGGUCUGGGGACAGCAGCUGGGGUCGCCAGCAUCUUGACCAACAUUUUGGGACACUUUCGAAAUCAAGAAGCCCGAGCUCAGGCCAGCAGCCUAGUGCCCACCCGUGGCCACGAGGUCGGGGAGCCCGGGGGGCAGAAGGCGUCUUACCUCAUGGCUGUUGGAAAGAUGGCUUAUGAUUAUGGAAGUGCCAUCAAGGAUAUUAAGAAGGACAUCCGCGCCCUUCAGAUAGCCAGAGCCCACCCGCGUCUGGCCACUGCUGCUAAGCGUCUCCUGACCACUGGCCGAGUCUCGGCCCGAAGGAGCAGGCAGGUGCAAAGGGCCUUUAAAGGCACGACGCUGCUGAUGACGACAAACAUUCGCUUGCUGGGGAGUGCGAUGGCGGGCUUAUCCCUCGGCCAGGACUUGACCGCCCUCCUGAAGGACUGGAAGCGACUGAAGGAAGGAGCAAGGACAAAGUCUGCGGAAGAGCUGAGGGCCCAGACCUGGGAGCUGGAAAGGACGCUGACAGAACUGACCCAGCUCUAUGAGAGCCUGAAGCGGAGGAAACUCUUCCAAGAGGAAAGACCCAGGAGCUCAUCUUCGGGAGGAGCCACGGGGUCUCUGCCCCAGCCCCCAGCCAGGCGUGGGGAAGCAGGACCCCAGGGGACACAAGAGGACGAGGGCAGGCUGAGCCGCCGGGCCUCUGAGCAGAAUUAAAAGGGGCAGGGCGGAGGCGGGCUGGUUGGCAGAAGGGAUGCCUGGAAACUGAGCAACCGGGAGGUCCACCUGGGUCCUGAGGACGCUGUCGGCUGGUGAGGGUGGCCAGGGCCAUCUGUCCUGCCUCUCCUUUGCCACCCGGCUUCUUCAUUGUCCCCCACUCUUCCCUGGGGAGCCACCUCAUUCCCACUGCUUUGUCAGCACCCCGUUCGCUCAUGUGCACACAGGCUCUCUGCUAAGCGGGGACCGUAAGACAAGGAAGGUCCCUCAGGUGAAGGUCACCUUGGGCUCACCUUGGGCUCACCUUGGGCUCACCUUGGGCUCACCGGCUGCCUUGCUCUGCUCUCUUCCUCCCCCUGCCCUGCGGUAAAACCCUGGGUUUGCACACACAGGGAUGUCACCGGAACCUGCCGGACCAGAUUCCAUCAGGAGCCCUCCCUUUCUCCCCAAGUGCUCUGCACAACUUAGGACCUCUCCAGGCUUCCCCACUCACCCGUCUCUUCUUCUUUUCUCCUUUUUUAUGUUUUAGCUGCUAUUUUGAAAGCAGUGCAUGGACAUGAGGUACAACUUUUUUUAAAGUUCAGGAAAGUAAAAACCAGGCGUUGGAAACAAUGCAUCAACCAAGGGUGACCACUGUUGGCAGCCGGGUGUGGAAUUUCCUUCCCGUGGUUCCUUGCUUUGGGUGUUAAAGUGUAGCGGUCAUUAGACUGCUGCGGGCGGGGGGCGGGGCUUCCUCCAGGCUGCCUUUAUAGAAGUUUUUUUUUCUGCAAAACCAAUGAGUGGUCUUGCUCUCAUUCUCAAUUCCUUCGUUUGCCUACAGAUCUAGCACUUUGCAUUUUGCUGUUUUCACUUAACGAUAUUUUCCUGCCCUUCUAUAUUUCACUUGGUUUUUAUAGACUUUUUUCGUGUGUUGCACAAUAUUCUCUUGAUUAUAUGUAGUCUUUUAUUUUAUUUUUUUUUUUAAUUUUUUUAACGUUUAUUUAUUUUUGAGACAGAGAGAGACAGAGCAUGAACAGGGGAGGAGCAGAGAGAGAGGGAGGCACAGAAUCUGAAACAGGCUC